GCCCAAAAAAGGUCCCAUCUUUCUUUCAGUUCUCCACCAUGGUCUUGGUGUUGUAGAGAGCUGGAAUCGUGGGGUUGAUUAUAGGGUUUAAGAAAGAGAGAAAGAUGGACAUAAUAUCACAGUUGCAAGAGCAAGUGAACACAAUAGCAGCGCUUGCAUUCAACACCUUCGGUACUCUACAGAGAGACGCUCAUCCUGUUAAACUCUCUCCCAAUUACCCUGACCCUCCUCCGCCUUCUAACCCCACCGAAGAUCCCGCCACCGCCGCCGGCAAUGUCUCCGAACAACCCAAGCUCAUGACCGCCGCUCUCGUCAAAGCCGCUAAGCAGUUUGAUGCAUUAGUUGCAGCACUACCUCCGGCUGAGGGGGGUGAAGAUGUGCAACUGAAAAGGAUUGCAGAACUGCAGGCUGAAAAUGAUGCUGUAGGCCAAGAACUUCAGAGACAACUGGAAGCUGCAGAGAAGGAGUUGAAAGAAGUCCAGGAAUUGUUUGGUCAAGCAACGGAUAAUUGCUUGAACUUGAAGAGACCAGACUGAAGAAGGUGCAACAUGUUGAUCUGAUCUCUUGUUUUGAACUCUUCCCGAUGUCUAUAUUAGUUGUUCCCUCCUAUUCUAAUCAUGUAAGAAUUUGAGGAGGAUGUUAUUUUGAUUUUUUCCCCCUAACUUUUAGCUUCUAUUGGCUCUUACAUAAAACAUUGUUCGGAACUUUUAUCAUGCAAAACCUUCUAAUGUAGGUACCUUCAUCUCUACAGUCUUCAGAUUGAAAAAUAUGUUUAAUGAAACAUUUCACCUGUUUGGCAUCA